CGACCCCGUCCCGCCCUUUUCCCGCUUGCACACGGCCACCGCGCGCGCGCGCUCGGCUCGGCUCUCCAUCAUUCCCGCGGUUCUUCUUUCCACCCCCCCCCCCCCACUGCGCCGCCGCGUGCGUGCGUGCUGCUUGCGAGCGGGGCGAGUUAAGGGGUUUUUGGGCCAUGGGGAAGUACAUGCGCAAGGGGAAGGUGUCCGGGGAGGUGGCCGUCAUGGAGGUGGGCGGGGCGCUGCUCGGCGUCCGGACGCGGUCCCGCACUCUGGCGAUGCAGCGGACGACGUCGGCGGCGGCGGCUGCGCAGAAGCCGCCGGAGAAGGGGGAGGGGGACCCCGGGGCGGCGGCGGAGUACCUCGAGCUCAGGAGCCGGAGGCUCGAGAAGCUGCACACGCCGCCGGCCAAGGAGAAGGAGGCAACGAGGAGCGCCGCCGCGAGGAUGCCGCCGGUGCCGGGGCCCGAGGAGUUCGAGGCCGAGGUCGAGGUCUCCUUCGGCGACAACGUGCUCGACCUGGACGCCAUGGAAAGAAGUACCAGGGAGACGACGCCUUGCAGUUUAAUCAAGAGCUCAGAAACGAUAAGCACCCCUGGUUCCACAACUAGAACCAACAGCUCAAUGAGUUCCCGACGUAGAAUGGAGGCAUCCGUUUGUCGUCGUUAUAUUCCAAGUUCUGUUGAGAUGGAGGAGUUCUUCGCAGCUGCUGAACAACAGCAACAUCAGGCUUUCAGAGAGAAGUAUAACUUUUGUCCUUUGAACGACUGCCCACUUCCUGGACGGUACCAAUGGGCAAGGCUAGACUGCUAGAUUUUCAUCUUGAGAGCUCCAUUGAGCUCUCUACACAAUUGACUAGCACCAUGGCAAGAGGCACAAUGCAAUUCCUUUAGGUUUCUUCUCUGUUGUAAAAAAUUAGAGUUAGUCAGUAGCUCAAUGAUCUUGUGUAACAAGCAUAAGUGACAGUGAGUUACACAUCCUGAUCCCAACAUGUAACCGUUAACUGCUCAUUCUGUAACGAACCACCUCAUGUAGACCUA